AAUUAGUCCCCCCUACCCGGUUGGUUUUCCCCUUCUCCUUCUACAUCUUGGUUUCCUUUCCUCUCUUUCUCCCCCAAUAAACGACAACCAAAAAAGAAAAUAAAGAAGAAAACAACCCAUAUUGGCCAUUUUUUCUCUUUUCCCCAUGGAUCUUGUGAGCAAAAGCCACUCGAUCCGCGUCUUCUCUCAGGCCCUCCUCUCACCCAUCACAAGCCCACAACCACAAUAUUUCCGAGCCGCCGCCACCACUUCUUCUCUCCACUCAAACGACACAAGCAGUUUCCCCAUCAUAGCCAUUGCCAUAAUUGGCAUCUUGGCCACCGCUUUCCUCUUGGUCAGCUACUACAUCUUCGUCAUCAAAUGCUGCCUCAAUUGGCAUCGAAUCGACGUACUCCGCCGUUUAUCGCGCUCCGCAAAUCGCGCCCACGAGGACCUCCUCAUGGGCUACUCCCCGCGAGGAGGCGGCCUUGACGAAUCGGUCAUCAGAUCAAUCCCAAUUCUCCACUUCAAGAAAAACAGAUUAGGACAGACCAUCGCGAGCUUCGACGACAAUAUCAAAUUCUCCGAAUGCGCCGUCUGCUUAAACGAGUUCGAAGACGACGAGAAGCUGAGAAUCAUCCCCAACUGCCUGCACAUCUUCCACAUAGACUGCAUCGACGUCUGGCUGCAGAACAACGCCAACUGCCCGCUCUGCCGCACCAGCAUUUCCGCAAACAGAUUCCAUUUCAACCCCGUCGUCGCCGCCCCGAGCCCUUCUCCGGUCGAUCCCGGGCCUUUCGACGACGAAGACUACGUCGUUAUCGAGCUCUCGAACGAGACUAACAACGGUACUGCGGAUCGGAAUGUUGUCGGUCAGCAUAGGGAAAUUUCUCCAGCGAGGAAGAUCGAGUGUUCGAAGAAAAUGAGGAGCAAGUUUUUGAGCAAGGGAACGAGCAUGGGAGACGAGUGUAUUGAGAGUACCAGAGACAAAGAUGAGGUCUUUUCGGUCCAGCCGAUCAGGAGAUCUUUCUCGAUGGACUCGUCGGCGGAUCGGAAAAUGUUUUUGGCAAUUCAAGAAGCUGUUCGGCAUAGCAGACAAGUUAGUGGUAGUGAUGUAAGUCCAAAAAGUCCCAUUGAUGGUUCUUGUAGUAGCAGUAGCAGUAAUAUCAGUAGAGUUAAGAGAUCUUUCUUUUCUUUUGGCCAUGGCAGAGGAGGCUCAUCAAGAAGUGCAGUUUUACCUGUUUAUUUAGAACCAUAA